UUGCCUGGGAUUAGUGAUCGCCAUUUCAAAUCAUUUUAUUUGAUUGAUUCCUUCAAAAGAUCCUUUUAAUUGACUAGUUUGAUUCAUUUUUAGGAUUCAAUAGGCAAAAUAAACAAAUUCAUAUGGAGUUGACUGAUUGAAUGCAUAUUCGCGUGUGUCUGUGCCUUCGCGUCUCUGUUUUGUCUGUAAUCUUGUGAGCUCGGCUGCCUCUUACACUGGACCACUUCGUUAGGCGCCUUGUUAAUGAUUUUGCUGUGGAAAGCGCCACUCCUUAUUGAAUGGUAACGGGAAUUAUCGCAAAACUGAAGCUACCGGUCAAGUAUUCGCAUUUUGCACAAACCAAUCAAAACUACAUUUAGACGCAUACAGGUGUGUAACUGAACAAGUGCCGUGGAGAGCAACUCUUCUGUCCCCAUAAUGCUGGAGUAGGAUUUUCAUCGGUGAAGGGUGAGCACUCUAGGUGUUGAAUACACAUUAUGAAAAAGCAGAUACUGAAAUUAUUAUUUCCUAAAUCAUUCAGUUUCCACAAAUGUGGUGGUAUUUCUGGCUGCAGACUAUAUACCAAUUUGGGCUCUCCAAAGCCUGGAAAUCGGGUUGUGAUUACAGGGAUUGGCAUCAUAUCACCACUUGGAGUCGGUACCUGUUUUUCCUGGAAUCGUUUGAUUAUAGGGGAAAGUGGUAUUGUCAACCUGGAUUCUAAGGAUUAUGAGAAUGUACCUUGCAAAGUGGCAGCCCGAGUACCAAGAGGAGAUGGAGAGGGAGAAUUUAAGGAUGAAAUGUUUGUGUCCAAAGCAGAAAUUAAGUCCAUGUCUCCUGCGACUGUCAUGGCAUUAGGUGCUGCAGACAUGGCACUGAAGGAUUCAGGAUGGUAUCCUCGGACAGAAAAUGAUCAGUUAAUUGCUGGAGUUGCAGUAGGCAUGGGGAUGGUCUUGCUGGAGGACAUUGCACAAACAGCAGAGAUGCUGAAAACUAAAGGAUACAACAGAGUCAGUCCCUUUUUUGUGCCCAGGAUUCUUACUAAUAUGGCUGCAGGACAGAUAAGCAUUAAACACAAGUUGAAAGGACCAAAUCAUGCAGUGUCAACAGCCUGCACCACUGGAGCACAUGCUAUUGGAGAUGCCUCUCGGUUUAUUGCCCAUGGGGAUGCAACUGUAAUGAUUGCUGGAGGAACCGAGUCCUGCAUCAGCCCAUUAUCUAUUGCUGGGUUUGCCAGAGCCCGAGCGCUGUGCACCACUAGCAAUUCUGCACCUAAACUUGCGUCACGGCCCUUUCAUCCUGAGAGAGAUGGAUUUGUGAUGGGAGAAGGGGCUGCUGUUGUUGUAUUGGAGGAGUACCAGCAUGCAGUUGAUCGGGGGGCCAGGAUCUAUGCAGAAGUGCUAGGUUAUGGACUGUCUGGCGAUGCCUGUCAUAUAACUUCACCAACACCUGAUGGAGAUGGGCCAUACAGAUGUAUGUUGGCUGCAAUCAAAGAUGCUGGUUUAUUGCCUGAAAACAUUACUUACAUAAAUGCACAUGCCACCUCUACUCCGCUGGGAGAUGCCGCAGAAAACCAAGCUAUUAAAAGACUCUUCCAGAAUCAUAGCCAAAGACUUGCAGUUUCUUCAACAAAAGGAGCUACAGGACACCUCUUGGGUGCUGCAGGGGCUCUGGAGGCUGCGUUCACGGCACUUGCCUGCUACCACGGUAUAUUACCACCAACUCUAAAUCUGGACAGAACAGAACCAGAGUUUGAUUUGAAUUAUGUGCCCUGUAAAGCACAGGAAUGGAAGGCUGAUUGCAGAAGAAUAGCACUCACUAACUCCUUUGGAUUUGGUGGAACCAAUGCUAGUCUUUGCCUAGCUAGCAUGCAACUGUAGUACACCUAGAAGGUUACCCAUUAUUUUUUUUGUCUCCAGUUUUUGGAGAAAAACUCAGUAUUUGAAUCAAUGGAUAUUGCUUUUGGUUUCUCUCAAAUUCAACAAAAUGUUAGCAUGGUCUGUUUCAAUCUGGUUUUUUAAACAAGAAAUAAAUAUUAAUGUCUUAAAGAAAAAA